CUAUAGUUGUUAAUCUGAAACUUACCAAAAUUAAUGCAGUAAUAAAACAUUUGAUUACAUUAUGGUUCAAGCUAUUGGUGUAAGUUGCAAUUGUCAUGUUAUGAUUAUUGUAAACGAAUAUAUACUGUCUUGCCCUAUAUUAAGACCCUGUAACCCAACAUUGUUUAUGGUUUUAUACCAUAGAUCUGAUGGUCUUGGAACUUUACUUUUUUCUUCAAAUUAUGCCAUCAUGUCAAAAUUGGCCCUGCCCCGGGGAACAUUGAUUUUCCAUUUAUGUAUACAGUAUGGUAAAAAAUCUAUUUUUUUUUUCUAAAUCUACAGAAGCUAGAGCUUAGUUUCCAUAGCAGCCAGUGAGUCACUUCAUAGUAGCCAUUUACUUAAAAUCCUUAAACUCAAUAGUUCAUGGUUUUAUAUCAUAAAUAAAAUGCUCAAAUGAAGAUUUUUCAAUAUUGUAUCAACCUGAUCAACCUGUAAAGUCAAACAGCAACAUUAUUUCUGUUUUUUUUUCAUAUUUUUAUUCAAAUGAUAUGCAUAAAUUUGUUAAAAUGAUUUUAAUUUUCAUUUAAACGUCAGUUGAAGGUAACCCCUCUAGAAGGCAUGAAAAAAAGGUACCUGAGAUGAAGUGCGUCGUUGGUUCUUUAAUACCGAAAGUUAAUUGGUGUGAUAGGACAUUUGACUGCUUAGACUUUACGGAUGAAUUGUCAUGUCAGGGCAAAUUUAAAGAUCACAAUCUGACGAUUUUUGGCAAACCAAUGAUGCAAUCUAAUUUACCUAAACGACUAAUUCGCGAGGCAUAUUUCACCUGUGAACAUAGCAAAGAGUGGAUAUCUACAUUAGCUAAAUGUGAUAAGGUCAUAGAUUGUAUCGAUGCUUCAGACGAAGUCAAUUGUUCUCACGAUAAAAUUGGAUGUGAUGACAACGAAUUCUCUUGUGAUGGUGGACAUUGUAUUCAAUUUAGUCACGUGUGCGAUUUUAUAUCCGACUGUGUGGACGGUACAGAUGAAAAAUGUGAAUACCAAAAGUGUGAUAAAAAUGAAUUUUCUUGUGAUAAUAAACAGUGCAUUCCAUCAGAAAAACUCUGUAAUGCUGUGCCUGACUGUUUGGAUAAUAGCGAUGAAGAUAACUGUGAUAAUCAGCGGAAACCACGUGGUCUACUGACGGACAGACCGAGAGACCGACAUUAG